UCAAAGGAGUGCCUACCAAUAAGAAAGCUAAAGAAAAAUAGGGAAAGCUCAACUGUGACUUGUUUUGUGUGUUUAAGUCGCCUUUCUGAUCCUCAAUCCAAAACCCAACAACGCAGACGAAACGAGAAUGGCGGAUAACGUUGGGAAGUUCUUCGACUCGGUUAGCAAUUUCUUCUCCGGUGGCGAUCAGAUCCCAUGGUGCGACCGCGACCUCAUCGCUGGUAUUGAAAAAGAGGUUGCUGAUGCUCAGAAUGGUUCCCCUGAUCACGUUUUCAAGGAAUGUCUCAUGCGAUUAUCAUGGGCUCUUGUUCAUUCAAGGAAUCCAGAAGAUGUGCAACGUGGCAUAGCAAUGCUUGAAGAGGUUAUGAGGGAUCCAACUAAAGACCCACUGGAAGUGAGAGAGCCACUAUAUCUUCUUGCUGUUGGGUAUUACAGAAGUGGUGACCAUACCAGGUGCAGGGAACUUGUGGAACAGAGUUUGAUGAUUGCACCUGAUUGGAGACAGGCACUGAACCUUAAGAAAAUGAACGAAGCCCGGAUCAAAAGAGAUGGUGCGAUUGGCAUAGGAAUUGCAGCGACUGCUGUUGGACUGCUUGCUGGUGGAAUUGCAGCGGCUGUGGCUCGGAAGAAGUGAUCCAUAACAGCCCAAAAUUUGUAGUGGAUGAAUAUGUGACACGGGUUAGAUGUGGGACUUGGAUCCUCUCUGGAUCGUUAACAAGAAGCCAAACGCGCCAUUCCUUCUCUCUCACGUUGGCGAACUCGUGCCUCCCUAUUCACCGAUCUCCCAGAUCUCCAGCAAGAAGAAGAAACAGUCCAAGCCUCCGUCACUCGGGGAAAGACUUACAAUGGCAAAUAGGCUGCGGGAGUCUGGUUUGGGAAAUCAAGUGCAGAGUGGGCAAUGGGAAAUAGCCUAGGGUCCUAUUUGGUGGGCGGUGAGCUGAAUGAGAUAGGUUGUGAUCAAUUAAAAUGGAUCGAGUUCAAUCCGUUGUGUCAAAAUGAGAAAUAAGCAGGAUUCGAUAUGAUAUGUUAUGAAUCAGCAAUAAAGUGAGUCAUCUAACUUACCCUCG